UAACAGAGCACGCUUCAGGAUUUCGCACCUUCGGCCUAAAGAGGAAUGAUCAGCAAGAUGUAGGAACAACUGAUUGUCUCUCUAACAAGUUUAGAGAAUUCGACUCUUUACAACUUGUAAGAUGCCCCUUAAAAAGAAACCUCUGGAAGAUGCAAGGAAAAGAUUGCAAGAAAAGCUGAACAAUGUUGAAGAACAGUCUGAGUAUAUCUGUCAGUUUAUCAGUGAUCUUGUUUGCAAGGCCUCAGAUCCAGCUAAAGAACUCCUUGAAGAGAAAGAUCGCAAGAAGUUUUUUCAGAAGUAUUCAUCUGUGAGUCAGGAACUUGAGAAAUGUCUGGAUUGUUUGUUGUUAAUAAGUGAUUCAGUCACUGCUCUGGGAGAGGAAGACACUCUGGGUGCCAGUGAAGAUUAUACUAGUUCUGCUUCUGAACCAAGUGACCAUGUUGAGCAGGGUGCUGUCUCAUCAGGGAACAGAGACUGCCACAAGGAAGAUGUUAAGUCGACUGAUGAUAAAAAGGUUAAAGGUAAGAUAGCAGAUUGGGUGGUGUGGGAUGGAGAAGGGUGGAGACUGGGAAGAAGAACAGAGCUGAGGAUUAUAAGGAAGCCUGGGAAUUAUACACACAUUGGCUGUUAUAAAUGGGAGUAA